CAUUAUUGGUUUUCUCGUCAACCAUGGAGAUUCUCUCAUGACAUUUCCUCAACAACUCCCAUCAACGAUUCCUUCUCCAAAAUCUCAAUUAAUCUCCGACCCAGUUUUCCUCUAAAUCUCAGAUCCCAUUUUCUCUUUCAAAUCAUGAAAAACUCACGAAAAAAGAAGAAGCAAAAACCACCCAAAAAGGUUGAACAAAACAACAAAGAAUCCAAAGGGGUUAUUCAAAAAGAUGAACAAGACACAACAAAAAACCUAAUUUUACAAUCAUUGGUUGAAGCUUUUUCAUUAACUUCAAUGGAAGAAGCUGUUAUUGCUUAUGAUAUUGCAAAGGGUGAUCCUCAUAAUGCUUCUGAGAUCUUAAGGAGAGGUUUGGUUGAAAAUAUUGAUGACCCAUUUUCUUCAUCAUCAUCAUCUUCUUAUUUUGAAUCUUCUUCGUGUAGCAAUAGUGGUAGUGGUGGUGGUGGUUCUUCUUCUUCUGGGUUGGAUUUGGCUUCAACUUCUGGUUCUUCAGAUGGGUUUGUUGACCAGAUUUGUGGAAAUGAUGUUGGUGGUUUUAAAGGGGUUAAGCAGAAGAAGAAAAUUGUUGCUGCUACUGGAACUGUUUCAACGAUUUUAGGAAAUGAAUAUGUGAGAAGGAAUACUGGUAGGAAGAAAAGGUUUGGAAAUGAAGUUGUUGAUAAGGAAGAAGCUGAACAGUUCCUUUAUUCCAUGCUUGGAAAUGAUUCUGACCUUAACUUGGGUGUUGUUAGAGAUGUUCUUUGUCAAUGUGGAUAUGAUGUUGAAAAGGCCUUGGAUGUAUUGCUUGACUUAGCUGCCAAUGAACGAUCCAGUAAUGAUAGAAAUUCUGAUUUCGGAGUAGAUAACAACAUGGAUGGUACAGGAUUCCUUGUUGAUUAUGAUCGUAAUGAUAGAUUGAUAGAUAGAAGAUCAGAUAGCACAUCCCUUUCAUCGGAAGGCGACUUUCCUGAUAAUAUAUGGGGUCUGGGAUCUUAUGGCAGGAAUUAUGCGGAGGUCCUCACUAGUUCUAAAGCUAAUCCUCAUAUUAGCCCAGGAUGUACAAAGUCAGAACUUCCUCAAAAGGUGUUAGACUCCUUGUUUAACAUUCCCAAAAGCUCUGUACACGACAAAGGUACCAUGGAUUGGAGAAACAUAGCAAAGAAAAUGCAGUCUUUGGGACCUGGUUUUGGUGGUUGUCCAAAUGUUGCAGAAACUCAGCAGAGUGCUUACACUAAAGGAGAGGAAUAUCAUGCAUUUAGGGAAGGUGCACGACAGGAGUGGGAUUCAGUGAAAUGUUACUUUCAGAAAGCUGCAACUGCAUAUACCAAAGGAGAUCGGGGAUAUGCUGCAUAUCUUUCUGACCAGGGUAAAGAAAAAACUAAAAUAGCUCAGAAAGCAGACACUAAGGCAAGCCAUGACAUAUUUGUUGCUAGAAACAAGGAUAUAGAAAAUGUGAUAACUAUUGAUUUGCACGGGCAGCACGUGAAACCAGCAAUGAGAAUGCUGAAACUUCACCUUCUGUUUGGAUCAUAUGUUCCUUCUGUCCAGAUGAUCAGGGUCAUCACAGGAUGUGGAUCACACGGCUUUGGAAAGUCCAAGCUGAAACAAUCGGUUACUAAACUUUUAGAUGAAGAGUCAAUUGAAUGGAAAGAAGAGAACCGAGGAACUGUGUUGAUCAAACUAGACGGAUUGAGAGAGUUCAGCUUUCUGGACACCGACAGUGAUCCCGAUGGUGAUUGAGUGAGCUUAUUGCAUAUAAGCUAAUUGCAGGUUCAUUAACUGUUUGUACCAACUUUAGAUUAGUAACUUGGAAUGAAGUUAUAAAUUAGAGCUGUGACAUUGACAUAUACAUUAGGUGUCUAAGCUCUUUGUUUGUUGCAACACGAAGCGACUUAGAUCUUGGCACACUUAGGAUGUAUCAUAUCGUAUUAGAUCAUUUAACUCUACUUUUAUCUAAAAAUUGUUUGUCUAGAAUUUCAUUCCCAGAGUAGGCUAAUUGCCUAUAAGAUGUUAUCAGUGUUGUUUGUACAUACAUGGAUAUGGAUAUGGAUAUGAAUAUCUAUUUUUAGUUUUAAA